CAAAACAAGACAGGAUGUUUAAUGUGCUUCUGUUUAACCUGAACCACCAAUAUGUGUCACACUCAGUUAUUAUUACAAAGGAUGACUAAAAAUAAAACUACCAUUUAAAAUGUCUUUGUGUUUAUUGUGGCUUUUGACUUUAUUCUACUAUUUUUAUUAUCACGUCUACUUGUUUUGUAGCUUAAAAGAUGUCCUACUGCACAUAGAGUCACUGUCUUCUACAUAAAGGAAAUCACAUGACAGAUGCAGUGACAGAGGCAGCCUUUCACUUGCUUUGACUUUAGUCAUCACACAGCAGCAAUGGGUUCUAUAAAGUUGAGUGAGGAAUAUCUGAAAGUUCAAGAUGUUUUUAGACACAAUGCGUUGGUGAUCAUAAAUCAAAUGUUGGCUUGGUCGAAAAGCACUCAAGGAAGCAAACACCUAGUGGAUGAGAUGCUUCACAGCAUUUUCUUCCUUGGAGGAAUCAAUACACCAAAAUAUGAACCUAAAGAUAUUAUUGAUAAUGAGGUGAUGCUGGAGAGGUUGAAGAGGAGAUACCCCCGGCCGCUAUUGUGUUAUAGUUCUCAGCUUCCCAUGCGAAGUCCAUUCUCCUGUGUGCUGGAUAUGAUUGUCCUGCAAGAAGGACAGGACCAAGUGGACACAAUAAAGAACCGUCUGCAAGAAUUCGUCGGCCUUCUGAAACCAGGCUUCCUGGUCUCCUCCACCUUGUGUGUUACCACCUGUAAGAAAUCCAACAGCAACUACUAUGGAGUGUCCAUGUCUACUGAAAAAAUUCCUUAUGCUGGGAAAAUCAUGAUCGCUGCAUCCUGCUUGAGUGCUUGGGAAGAAUAUGUGGCUGGUGCAGUGAUGACCUACUAUCCAAAGGUGCACCAAGAAAAGCCAGAAAAGAACACCAAUAAACAUAAAAAGAAGUCAUGUUUUGAUGGAACCAUUCAACUUCCUCCACACCUGGUCACAUGUCAGGCAUCUAACAUCAGGAAUCAAAAGGACAUGAAUCCUUGCACACUGUGUGAGAAUUUGUUUGGUCUCUCCAAGAAGAAAGCAAAGAGAAAAGAAAAAAAGGAAAGAAUAGAAGCGUCGUGGCUGUACGGCCACUGUGCUGAAGCUGAGAGUGUGAGCAACUUGCUUAAAGAGGAGAAAGAUGUUAAAGAGGCAGCAAAACCAACAUCUUCCUCGUACACAGCAGAGAACAGAGAGAGGGCUGAAGACAGUGUUCGCAGGGCGCUCAGGCAGCUGCUGAGGGAGGUAAAGUAUCAGAAGGAGUUUUACGAACCACAAAACUGAGCUGAUCGGGUGGGACUUCACUGUACUUAUUGAUUACUGUAGUGUACUUAUUGCUUUAUGCUCAAACUGUGCUUAUAACAAUAUAUUCAUAGCUUUAACUGUGUGUUGUUAUUUACAAUUAAAGAAAUGUACUGUGUGCACAAAACUCAGUUGACUACUGUAUACUGGUAAACAUAUACUAUAAAUAUCAGUCAACAAUAUAUACUAUAUAAUAUAACAAUAUAUCUAUACAACAAAUGACAAAGACAUUCAGAUGCCAGAAUAAUGACAGUCGAUUUAGACAUUGACAACACAUUGACUGAAAUGAUUAACACUAAUAUUUUUGACAGGUCAGUGUCAGAAGUUACUCUGGAAGGUCUGCAGAUUAACUGCUAGAGGAUUUUAAUUAUUUUUUAAUUAAGAUUUUAAUUAUUUAAUUAUUAUUAACAGUCCUUGGUUUGAUUUACACAUCCCCCAGGUGCUUUUCUGUCUAAGUUUUUAUGCUCUCCCCGUGUCUAGAGGAGUUUUCUCUGGAUGCUCCAGUUUCCUCCCACAGCAUUAGUAUUGACUGGGGAGUGGGUGCCUAUACGCAUGAGAGUCAGUGGUUGCCUCUUUAAUUAGAGUACACAGAACUAACAUUUUCAUCGUAAACAUAUUACAGAAGCAAAUAAAUACUUGUCCUGUG